AUGUGCCUGGGGCCACCACAGUCACCUGUGAGGGCGAGGGUGGUCGAGGAGGUGGGCUGCACCGCGGAUUUCACAGGAAACCCGCCUGCCCGUCUUCGCGUUCUGGACCUGCCCGACCAGCCCGAGGAACGCGCCCACUGGGGAGCGGGAGAGUGCCCGCCCGUUGCAGGCAAAAGUCAAGACCACGCCGAGAUGUACCAGAGCUUGGCGAUGGCCCCGAGCCCUGGCCCGGCCGUCUACGCCGCCCCGGGCGCCUUCCUACACGCUCCGGGCUCCCGCUCCCCCGGGGGCAGCCUUGACUAUCCGCUCAACCAGUACAAACCUGCUCUCUGCGAACCCCCCUCCCAGCCCCAGAACCGGCCCAGAACUCCAGGUGAUGGCCCUGGGCUAAGGCCGCUGCAGGAAGAAGGCCAGGAGGCAGAGCCACAGCCGUGGCAUGGCGGGAAUCCUGUCCUCAGCCACCCCAGGAAGCCCUGGGCAGGCGCCUGCCCCGUGAGGCAAUGGCUGAUCCUGCCCCACCCCGACUCUGCCCCCUUCCACAUGUUGCUGGGCCUGAAGGGACAGGGAGCUCUCGCCCUGCAGCCCUCCGUGUGCGACGCAGAAGCAGGCCAGAGCGCGCCCGACUUCCUGGAGGAGUCUCCCGGUGAGGGUCGAGAGUGUGUCAACUGCGGGGCGCUGUCCACGCCGCUGUGGCGCCGCGACGGCACCGGCCACUACCUGUGCAACGCCUGUGGCCUCUACCACAAGGUGAACGGCGUGAACCGGCCGCUGCUUCGGCCCCAGAAGCGCCUGCCCUCGUCCCGCCGAGCCGGCCUCUGCUGCACCAACUGCCACACCAGCUGCACCACACUGUGGCGGCGGAGCGCGGACGGGGAGCCCGUGUGCAAUGCCUGUGGCUUGUACAUGAAGCUGCAUGGGGUGCCCCGGCCCCUGGCCAUGAAGAAGGAGCGUAUCCAGACACGGAAACGGAAGCCGAAGAACGUGGCCAGAGCCGUGGGCUCCCCAGGACCCACAGCCAACCUCACAGCCUCCCCUGCUGCCACCCCCGUGGCCACCACAGCCAUCCCCAGCAGCACGGGGAGCCCAGUAGCCACUCAGAGAUCCGAACCCAGCCUGGCGUCCACCCCGUGCCCGGGACCCAGUGUUGCCUCCCAGGCCUCCAGCCGGGGGAAUGGCUGCCUCAGCCCCAGCCUGGAGCUCAAGUUCGAGCCUGAGGACUUUGCCUUCCCCCCCACGGCCCUGGGCCCCCAGUCUGGCCUCAGUGGGACCUUGCCCCAGGAGGCCUGGUGCCCACUGGCUUUGGCCUAG